AUGAAAAUAUUUUAUCCCAUUUACAGGGCACUUCAAUAUUUUCUUGGUGCCGAAGGCCAUGGAUCACUUCAACUACUUCUGCGUUGGAUUUGCAGCUACCACACACUGUUUAGCAAGGUUUGCAGUAAAUGUGGGCGUCUGCUAGCUUUGGAUAGGCAAUCUUCCUUGCAUCUGCCACCGGUCUGUCACACUUAUCGGCAGUCACAUGUGACUAGAACUGGUGCAUAUUCCCAGAUGCCUUCAACACUGAAAGACCUGCAUUCAGAUCCUCCGAAGGCAUAUCACUUUGGCUGUUCUCCAGAUGACAUCUAGGUCUGCCUGAUCGAAGUCCUCCGCUAAGCACCGACCUGUACCUUAGUUGACUGAUCAUGCUAGAUGAAACGCAAUAUUGGAUGUAUAGAAGUUACAGACCCUAACGUGAUCU